CCUCACACACUCUCCAGCAUCCAGUGUUCAGAGAGAUGAAGCUCAUCACAGGGGAUAUCUUCUCCGCCGUCAGACCUGCCUCCUGCAGACAGCUGUUGAAGUCCGUCCUGCUCCACCUGUGGGAUGUUUUCUCGGCUCCUGCUCCUGUGGGCAGAAAUCUGCUGACGCUGCUGUCUCUCUGCUUCAGCCUCGCCCUGCUGACCGGCUUCCUGCUGCACCGCUGGCUCUCGCACUCCCUCAGAUACAGCGCAGAAACCUGCCUGCUGACCUCCUGCAUCUACAGCGUGUCCGUCUUCCUGCUGUCCGUCCUGGUCCACCCCCUGCGGUGCGUCCUCACCCUCACCCUCCCCACCGUCUGCACCCGGCAGGGCCGCAAACUCCUCAUCACGGCCUCCGUCAUGAUCCUGGUCCUCAACGUGAUCCCCAACAUCUCGGUGAACGUGGGCGCCGUGGCUCGUAUCUUAAAGUGCACGGCGGAGGGAUUCACCCGGUCUCUGCUGAACUCGUCCGAGCCUCUGAACCAAGCCAAGAAAGACCUGGUUCAGGAGACCAUUAAAGCCCGGAGGGAGGAUCUGAGCCUCGUGGCCAACCUGAGAACGCUGGGUCACUUCACUCACGUGGAUUUAUCGGCGGUGAGGAGCAGGUUCUCGCAGAUUCUCGCGCUGAUAGAGGACGACUUCUCCCACGCCAAGAACACCCUCAGAGACUACCGGCUGCUCUCGAACCGCGUCCUCGCCACCAUGUUCGUCGCUGCGCUGAUAUUUGAAUCCGCGCGCUACCUGAAGUCUUACCUGGGAGCGGUUCGGUUUGAUAACGGGGGCGUCUCUCAGAAGAUCCCGCAGACGGACAACGCUAAAAGUAGAGGUUGUCCAACGAGCUGCAGGAUGAGCAGGCAGGAGUCCACUUCCUGCUUCCUGUCUCUGCUCGUGGUGACGCUGUAUUUCCUGGCGAUGGCGUUAGUGGUCGCUCUGGAUCACGUGGUGCAUCUGAUCUUCCAGGCCAUCCUGCCCUGGAUCCUGGACUUCCCCCCGACGACUGCCAGCAUCAGUGUCGAUUAUAAGGUGAAAUGGUUCCCCCCCGCCUCGUGCCUGAUCCCGGGGUCCUGCAUCAGCCGGGAGCUCACACACUUCCACAGGGAUUACAGGUGGACCUUUAACCCGGAGCCCUCCCUGUGUGAGGUGUCGAUCUCCCCCCCAAGCCCGGGGGUCUCCCUGCUGCUCGGCUUCCUCUGGAUCCUCAGCUACCUGCUCGUCUUCAUCGAGGUUUACGCCCGCCGGCUGCGAAGGAAGAUCUCAGCGUCCUUCUUCAGAGAGCAGGAGGAGAGGAGGAGGGAGCACCUGAGGAGGAAGGUCCAGGAGAAGCAGAGGAGACGGGAGCAGAAACACAUUGCAGUUCUGGUUCGGUGAAGAAGCCUGAUGUUCCCUGAGUUACAAAUGCAUUUAUUUCACUGUAAACGUUUAAAAUUCUGUGAAUUCUCCUGAUUUAUUUACACAUUGUUUAUAUGUUCAUGAUGCGUUGUUUGAGGAGCCUGAGACUUGAGAUCAGCUCAUCAAAAUAUCGUAUUAUUGGGGAUUAAGGGGAAUGUUUGCAGCUGUGAGAAGCUUCCAGCUGUACGAGAAAGCUCAUCUAUAAUGACGCUCACUGUCUGACCACAGGGGGUUCAAUCAUAAGUCACAUUUAAAUGACGAGAGCCACUAUAUAGCAAAAAAUCGCUAGCUAGCUCGUUAAAUACGUAGCUAACGUAAGCUACUGAAGUAGUUAGAUAGAUAUCUGAGGUAAGGCAGCGUGCUCGUUAAGUAGAAAGCUGAAAGCUUCAGUCUGAGAGAAGAGAAUGUUGGCUCCAGCUGAAUUAAAUGGAAGAGGAUUAGGGCCACGUGUUCUCUGAGAUGGGACGGAUAUCUGAGACAAAAGUCAAGAUCCUUAAAAAACAGCAUUUUAAUAAAAAAUGGAAUUACUGAAAAAGAAAUCUAAACGUCUGGAGAAAAAUCCAAAUGAGAGAAAAGUAAAACAUUUGGGAAAGAGUAAAUAAUCUGGGAAAUAUAAGAAACUCUCAGACAAAUCAAAAUAUCACGAAAAUGUCCAAAAGAGUUUGAUAGUUCAUUGAGUUGGGUCUCUGGGGUUACUGGUUUUUGUUCUACCCUUCUGGUACCCAUCAUCACAUCCGGCUUUGUCUUCACCACUCUUGCUCGGACUGAUCUGGCAGCCUUGGUUCAGCAGUGAUGAACGAGUGGUUUCAUUCAGGAUGCAGGGACUGGGUUUGUGAAGACGCCUGCGGCUGCAGACCUUUCGGCGUCCGCGCUGUACCCUAUGGAUUCCUUCAGGCUGCGCAUCGUGUGCCUUGUCUUUAUGAUAAAUGUCAGCUUUUGAAAAAGCAGGAAGAAACUAUAGAUUGACAGAUUAAACUUCCUGUGUAUCGACAGCUUUCUGCAGGAGAGUCUCACUCAGACCUCCACCUCUGCAGCCUGGAACAGGAUAUACUACUACUAAUACUACUAAUACUACUACUGUA